GGUCACCCAUGUUCACAUUAUGCCUUCAACGCAAGCAGUACACAGCCUAAGAAUACCACAACUCACUGGGACUUUUCAACUUCCAAAUCUGGCACUGGGAUUGGUGAGGCGAUUCUUGUGAAUGAAACUCAAAACUGUAAAAACAAGGUUUUUAAGGCAUUUUGAAUAUUUUUACCCAUUUGAUUAAACGUUUUGAAGAUGAAAAUUGGUGGAUUACUGCAAGGAUUCUUUUUAACUAUUUAAACAGGAUUUUAUUUCAUCCGUUGGAGUCCCAGGUCAUACCUCAAAGCAACAGGGGCCAAAGCAGGUGUUGUGUUUGAUCCAGGAACCUUUGAAGACAGAAAACCCUUGAAAGCUGUCUUUCCAACUCCAGGAUCACCCUUGAAAGGAGUGAAGCUACUAUGAGACCUAUUUGUUUUCUCUCCAAGUUUUUAGGAUAUUGUUUAUUAUUUAACUCCGUAAGCAAGCGGUAGAUUAUGAGGUCGACAGUGUUCUGUAAAUACAGUGACAGCAUGAGGAAUGGCCGUCAAGAGGAAAUAAACUGAGCAGCUCAUAGUAGUAAACAUUGGGCUCUUCAAAAUAACGACUACAGCAAUGGCAUCUGAGUUGCUUAGAGAUUCAAGUGUUGCUCAGAGUUUCAAACAGUAGUCCAUACUGUUCCAGAGAGGACUGACAUCUUUUGAACACUAUUUUAGAAGGACAACAACAAAGGCUCAUAGAGUAGAAAACUUCCAAAGUAACACGGCAAGCUAAAGCAGAGCCAAUGGAACAGAGCUCUUCCAACCGCAGUGCCACACCAAUGGACAAACAAGAGGUUGUGGCUGAGCUAGUACCCUCACACCACAGCAGAGGGAGGAAGGACCGAAUCCACGGCCGGCAACGACUAUUCCCUCUAGCUGUCUUCCUCCCUUUGUGCAUGCUACUGUGCAUUUGGGGUCAGGUGGAAGGAGUGGUGCAUUCCAGCUUCCGCAGACUGAGCGUUCGGGAAAAGAAGGAGAUGCAGAAGGAGAUUUUAUCCAUUCUAGGGCUGCCCGGACGACCCAGGCCACAUCCACCUCUGCGGCCUCCUUCCUCUGCCCCACUCUUUAUGCUGGAUUUGUACCAUGCCGUUUCAUCUGAGGGUGAUGAUGGACCAGGCUUGGGCUUCAAUCCAGAAGGGGUCAGCCAUGCCGCAAUGCCCACAUUAAGCACACACACUCCACCCCUUGGCACGGUGGUCAGUGAGGCAGAUACUGUCAUGAGCUUUGUCAACUUGGUGGAGCAGGAGAAAGAUUUGCUCCAGCCACGGCCUUACUGGAAAGAGUUCCGCUUCGAUCUGACCCCGCUUCCUCAAGGAGAGACGGUCACCGCCGCUGAGUUUCGCAUCUAUAAAACACUUCCCAUGGGCUGGCGAGCAAACCGCACCCUCCAUAUAUCUGUCUAUGAAAUCCAGAAGGAGAAAAGACACAGGGAGCCAGAGUUGGUACUGUUGGACAUGCAGUCAGUGCCGGCAGGUCAGGAGGGCUGGCUGGCAUUUGAUGUGACUUCUGCAAGCAAUCGCUGGCUUCUCCAUCCUCGAAGCAACCUAGGCAUCCGACUUUAUGUAGAAACCGAAGAGGACCGGUCGUUGUCGGCCGGGUGGGUGGGUUUGGUGGGUCGGCGAGGUCCACGGUCUAAGCAGCCCUUCAUGGUGACAUUUUUCAGGGCUAGUCAAGCCCCCUGCCGCCCACCUCGCGCUGUGAGACACAACAAUCCACGCAAGAAAAAACACAAGUAUGACCUGCCACACCCAAAUAGACCAGGAAUAUUUGAUCAAAAUUAUGCUAGCAGUGGACGCCAGGCAUGUAAGAAACAUGAACUCUAUGUCAGUUUCAGUGAUCUUGGCUGGAAGGACUGGGUUUUGGCACCUCCAGGCUAUUCUGCAUAUUAUUGUGAUGGGGAAUGUGACUAUCCACUGGGCUCCUGUAUGAAUGCCACCAACCAUGCAAUGAUCCAGCUUCUGGUUCACCUUCUAAGACCAGACGAAGUGCCCAAGGCCUGCUGUGCUCCAACCAAACUCAGUUCUGUCUCUGUGCUAUUCUAUGAUGACAACAACAACGUCAUUCUCAAGAAACAUCGGAAUAUGGUGGUGAAGAACUGUGGCUGCUUAUAACCUCCUAUACACAGUAUUUCUCUUCCCUAAAGCACUCUUUGUAAUAUACAAUGUACUAUUUUUUAAGCCAGAUUGACUAUUAUUUUACUUUAUUUAACUGUCAUGAUCUCAGCCUAUUUGUUGUAUAUGUGAUGUUCAUGCUGCGCCAGCCGAUUUAAGAUCGGAAUUCAAUUUAUUAUAAAAAAAAAGGAAAACUAUUUGCAUUAUUUGUAAACAUUUUUCAUACACAAAUGGUAAAUGUUUGUCUUAUUAAGUAUAUCAGCUAGUUAAGCUUUUUUUAUAGUACAAUUAUAAAUGUGUGGAGUCUAAAACACAACUUUAACUUCAAUGGACAAAGAUCUUCUAAACAUUCCACCUAACGAAAGCUUUUAUUAAAAUAAAUGUAUAUAUGAAAGUUA